AUGGUGCCUGGGAACAAACUAAUCAGAGAUGAAAAUGGAAAACUGGUUGAUGCUACUAACUACAGACAAAUGACAGGAUGCUUGAUGUACUUACUUGCAACUAGGCCUGACUUGACAUUUUCUGUAUGUUUAGUUGCUAGAUACAUGGAGAGGCCUAUUGAGAUUCACUUGACUGCAAUCAAAAGAAUAAUGAGGUACCUCAAAGGAACAAUGGAGCUUGGUAUUUGGUACAGAAGAAAUGAGAAAUUGACAUUGGUUGGAUGGUCUGAUAGUGACUAUGCAGGUGAUCUAGAUGAUAGAAAGUCCACAUCUGGAAACGUUUAUAUGCUUGGUUCAAGUGCAAUUUCAUGGUCAUCAAAGAAGCAGAAUUUGUAG